AGAGCGUCUUGGGCUCAAAGUUGGCCAAGGUGAAGCCCUCAACGAAAGGCAACGCUCUUCGACGUCGGAUGCAAGCGGACGAUGACGACAACGAAAGGAAGAAUGGGAAGGUGGACCUCCCGUUGGAGGCUCCCAACUUCGGAAUUGCCACACAGGCGGUCUACGCUGGGGUUCUGAGCAGCUUUCUCUAUGGCUACCAUCUUUGCAACCUGAAUUCGUGCAUGGACUUUAUCGGUCUUCAUUUUCAGUGGUGCAAGAGCCAUACGAGGAUCGACUGCUUGGCCAGCGCAAUCGAUGGAGGCUUGAUCAACGCAAUCCUCUACCUGGGGGCUGCUGCGGGGGCUUUGCUGGUGGGCAGACCAUUCAUGGUGAACUAUGGCUCUCGAGUACAGCUGGUCAUCUCCGACGUGUUCUUCAUGGCGGGAGGCAUAUUUGGCGCGUUCGCUAUAGGCAUCAAGUGCCUCCUCCUAUCUCGCCUUCUUUCCGGAAUUGGCCUUGGAAUCUCAGCCAUCUCCGCGCCUGUCUUCAUUGCAGAGGUGUCGCCAGCCGAAUGCCGUGGAUGGCAUGCGGCAAAGCACGGGCUCUACAUCGCAGUUGGUCUGUUGGCCGCAGAGCUGGUUGGACUUCCACAAGACCCACCAGAUCAGGGCCUCACAGAACGGAACGGCUGGUGGUGGCGAGCGAUUUUGGGCUUGCCGCUGCUGCUCGCAGGCUUCCAGUUCGUCAUCUUCAAGUAUGACCUUCCUGUGGACUCAGUCUCCUUCCUGGUGCGCCAGGGAAGGAUGGACGAAGCCAGGAUAAUGCUGUACAAAACCUACGGGCUCCCUCCGCCUCAACUGGAGCCCGGGCUGGGGGACCACGUGGCGAAGCUGGAGCUGAAGCUGAAGGACCUCGCCGUGGUGGCAGCAGAAGCUGGCAUCACUCGUCGUAUCACAAUUCUUCAGGCGCUGACGGACCCAUACCUUCGAUGCUCCGUUGUAGUGGGUUUCUUCCUGGCAUCCUACCAGCAGCUCACAGGUAUCAAUGCGCUCAUGGCCUACUCGAACACCCUCUUUGCGCAAGCGGGAAUCCCUGCCGAUAGUCUGACACUGGCAUCAGUGUUGAUGUGUGUGGCGAAUGUUCUCGUCUCUGUCCUGAGUACCAAGUUGGUGGACAGCCUUGGUCGACGCACGUUGCUGCUGUGGGGAAGCGCGACGCAGACCGUUGCCAUGGCCUCCAUGGUCUACGUGGUACACAUGAUGCCUCGGUCAUCUCAGGGAUUGAGCGCCUUCAUUUUCUUUAGCCUCUUCGUGGUGUCCUGGAACUACGGCCUUGGCGCCAUCACGUGGCUGUGGCUCUCAGAGAUCUAUCCCAUGGAGAUCCGAGGACCAGCACUCUCUGCUUGUGGGGUGAUCAAGUGGCUGAGCUGCUUCUUCAUUGUGCUCAUCGCUCGCUUCUUGAACCUGCAUUCCUCCUGCGUGCUCUUUGGCACUGUGAGUGGCCUUGGCGUGGUGGGAAUGUGGCUGUGGGUGCUGGAAACCAGAGGCUGCGACAUGGAAGAUAGCCCCAUGACGCCUCGGAGUGAACGGUCCACGUCGAUUCUGCUGGGCGGCAGCAAUCAAGCGAGUCCGAGAAGCGCGCAGCUGAAACAGAUGCUGAAUGAAGAUCCCAUAGAGGAGCCUGAGCAGCAGGAGCCAAUAUACUUGCAAGUUGACUGAACGUGCAUCCAGAGGUUUCGUUUGAAUGACCUCGGGCAUUGGGACACGCGGAUAGGAAAGCAAGCGGUGUGA